GGUCUGGCAACACUGCCAGAGAGUUUGAGAACUUGUUAUCAAAAGUGAUUAGUACAAUUACAAUUAAUCAACGCCCUAUACUGAAAGUGCAACAAUUAAAGAUUUUGUUUUAUAAUUUUUUGAUUUGCGAUUAUUUACAAUUUUCGCCAAUCAUGGCUCUACCAUCUACACUGGAAAAUCUGUUCAAGUAUAUAGACGAGCACAAGGCGGAGUAUAUAAAAACUCUUGCAGAAGUUGUUGCUAUAAAAUCGGUCUCAGGUUGGCCUGAUAAGAGAGAUGAGGUCGUGAGAAUGAUGAAAUGGGCCGAAAAGAGAAUGAAAUCAUUAGGUUCAUCGACUGAAUUGGCGGACGUGGGCACGCAAGAAUUACCUGGAGGAGAGGUGAUUCCAUUGCCACCGGUUCUAUUGGGUCAACUAGGUAAAGAUCCAAAGAAAAAGACUGUUCUCAUUUAUGGACAUCUCGAUGUUCAACCUGCCUUAAAGGAAGACGGAUGGGACACGGAUCCUUUUACUUUGGUUGAAAAAAAUGGAAAGCUCUACGGUAGAGGAAGUACGGACGACAAGGGUCCAAUUCUUUGCUGGAUUCACGCUCUAGAAGGCUAUAAAGCUUUGGGUAUUGAUAUUCCAGUUAAUGUCAAGUUCGUCUUCGAGGGAAUGGAAGAAAGUGGAAGUGAAGGUUUAGAUGAAUUAUUGUGGGCCCGUAAGGAAUCAUUUCUGAAAGAUGUCGAUUACGUUUGUAUCUCUGACAAUUAUUGGCUGGGAACGACAAAACCUUGCAUAACUUAUGGUCUCCGUGGGGUGUGUUACUUUUUCCUGGAAAUUAAAUGCGCCGAUAAAGAUCUGCACAGCGGUACGUUCGGUGGUUCAGUUCAUGAAGCAAUGUCCGAUGUUAUUUAUCUCAUGAAUUCCCUUGCUGACGUGAAGGGGAAAAUUUUAAUCGACGGCAUUUACGAUAAUGUCGCUGAAUUAAUUCAAACGGAAAUAAAAUCCUACGAUAAUAUUGAAUUCGACAUUGAUGAAUAUCGCAGUAGUAUCGGUUGCACUAAAUUAGUUCACGAGGAUAAGAAACAAUUAUUGAUGCACAGAUGGCGAAAUCCGAGUCUUUCGCUUCAUGGAAUUGAGGGAGCUUUCAGUGAGCCUGGUUCAAAAACGGUGAUACCGGGAAAAGUCGUUGGGAAAUUUUCAAUGAGAAUUGUACCAAAUAUGACGCCCGAUGAGGUGGAGAAGAAAGUGACGAGUCAUUUGGAGAAACUGUGGAAAAUAAGACAGAGUCCAAAUAGUAUGAAAAUAUUGAUGAGUCAUGGUGGAAAGGCGUGGACUGAGAAUCCGGAUCAUCCGCAUUACUUGGCGGCACGGAUUGCCACGAAACAUGUCUACAAAGUUGAACCCGAUUUGUCGCGGGAAGGUGGAUCGAUUCCAGUGACACUGACUUUUCAAGAAGUCACUGGAAAGAAUGUUUUAUUAUUACCAGUUGGUGCCGGUGAUGAUGGAGCUCAUUCGCAAAAUGAAAAGGUCGACGUUCGCAAUUACAUCGAAGGAACAAAACUACUUGGUGCAUAUCUUUACGAAGUUUCUCAACUUUAAAAAAUCGAGUUUCCAAACGAAGCCUUUGUUUAAUGCAAUUUUUCCGAAAUUGUGAUCAGCACAAAAGACUGGUUUAUGGUAUGAAAUACUUUUAUUUUUCACUAUUUUAAUACAUUUAUAAAGAAUUUAUUAUGCCUAAUAAAGUUUACCGACUAAAAA